UGCGCAGCAAGCGCCUGGCGUUCCUCCAGCGCUGGCAUCUGCCCGUGCCCGACCCCGACCACGGCUACCACAGCCUGGAGGAGGAACAGCAGCAGCAGAACAGGGGUGUCUGCCUGGAAAUCGGGGAGCAGCGCGGUAAUAACGGGGAUUUAGAGCAUCCUGAGGAUGCGGGGAUUCAGCCCGGAGGGGUCCCCGAGGAGCAGGAGGGGCUCCGGGGUGCGGCUGAGGAGGGAGAAGCCUUGGCUGAAGAGGAACGUGAGGACUCGGAAACAGAGCAAGACUUCCCAAUAUCCACCAGACCUGUCUGUGCGAAUAAAUUAAUCGAUUAUAUCAUCGGGGGAGUAUCCAGCGGCGAGGAGAGUGAGGAAGACUGGGAUGAUGGUGAUGAUGAUGAUGAUGAAGAUGAUGAUGACGGGUUUGAUAGCGAAGAGCUGCCCUCCGACUCAGACGCCGGCAGCCAGGACGGGGAGAGGCUUCAUCUGUGGAACUCCUUCUACAGCUUGGAUCCCUACAACCCUCAGAACUUCACGGCCACCAUCCAAACGUCUUCCAGCGAGCCGGGAAAGGGAAUGUCGGACAUGGAGGAGGAGGAGGAGGAGGAGGAGGAGGAAGGCUCAUGGGCAGAGUCCUCUGAGGGCUCGCCUAGUUCCGAUGAGGACGAGUGGGACUGCGAGAGCGUGGAUGAGGCGGAGAGCUUGAAACUUUGGAACUCGUUCUGUAGCUCGGACGAUCCCUAUAACCCUUUGAACUUCACGGCGGCUUUUCAGCCCGCGGAGAAAAAAGGGACGGCGGCUUUGCCAGGGGCGGAGAGGGCGAGCUGUGCCCCCUCGGAGCAUUCCGGCGUGUGCAGGGCACGGCUGCAAAAACACAACUGCGGCAGCGCUGAGCUGGGCCAGAGCAGCGAGAAAACUGCCAGCUCCAAGCGGAAAAAGGUGACAUUCCAGGAGGAGGUGACCGAGUACUACAUCAGCAGCGAGGAGGAUCGCCGGGGGCCCUGGGAGGAGCUGGCCCGCGAUGGCUGCCGCUUC